AUGGCUGCUCCAAUUCGACAGUUCUCCGCCACGAAGCAGAACAAAGCCAAGAAUCGCAUUUUCACGUCCGUCCGCCGACCCGAUGACUUCUCAACCUACCUUCUUCUCUCGACUUCUUCCCGAAAACCCCUCAUAACAUUCUGGACCGCCUCCUAUUGCAAUACCUGUCGAAUCGUCUCCCCCCUCCUUCAGGAACUGAUUUCAUCCGGUGUUGGCGAAGCAGAAGGCGCCGUCUCUUUCGCAGAAAUUGAGUUCGAUUCACAAGAUAUAAUGGACAGUGGAUUGGCUAUGACUUAUAUGAUCACGAGCAUACCUACAUUACUGAGUUUCGAGAGAGGAGAGGCACAGACUUACACAAAAGUGACGGAUCCGAAAUUGAUGCGAGAUAGAGAGUGGUUGAAGGAGUGGAUCAGGACAGAAGCAGGGAGGGGCGGUGGUGCUGGAUUGAAUGCUGGUGGUGGAAUCUUUGGAGGGCUGUGGGGAAACUCCAAGUAG